GCAGAGCCGUGGACAGUCCGCCAGCGCUUUCAGUGUGUCCGUACGUGUGUUUCGCCGUUGUCGUCGUUGUGUGUUACCUUGUUGAUGCUGCUGCCAGCCCUGCUACUACCCGCAACACCGUGAACACCACCGUGUCUCCAUACCCACCGUUCUCACCGUGUGCUCACCCAGAUCAGUGUCGCGGCGGACAGUGAACGGGCCUGUUCUGGGGUAUUAGCUUCUAGUGCGCAGCAGGGAAGGUCCACGGCCUGUCGGUUCCACUCCGGAGGAAACAAAACCCGCAACGAACGCGCAAACGGUGCCCCUGCCCCCUGCCCCCAAUCCACCAUGGCUUCUACGCUGAUGUUCUGGAACAAGCAGAACUCCAACUCCAACCAAAAUGGAAACGAUGCCAAGAACACAAAAAACGGCCGCAACUGGUUGCACGCGCCAGACGUGCUCGUCAACGGGCACGUCGCCUAUCUAGUCAAAUACCUCGGCAGUACUCCCGUGGAGCAGCCGAAGGGCAUCGAGGUCGUCAAGGAAGCCAUCCGGAGGCUGCAGUUCACACAGCAGAUGAAGAAAGCCGAGGGCGGUGGCAAUGUGAAGACAAAAAAGGUCGAAAUCACCAUCAGUGUGGACGGCGUAGCAAUACAGGAACCGCGAUCGCUGACCAUUAUGCACCAGUUUCCGCUGCACAAAAUAUCCUACUGUGCGGACGAGAAGGGCGUGAAGAAGUUCUUCAGCUUCAUCGCUAAAACGGGCACGGGUGCAACGCCGACGUCCUCUAUCGCCUCUUCCGGCGAUGAUACGAACAGCUCCAACAACUCGACCACCAGCAACGGUACCGAGGAUCGGCACGAGUGUUUCGUGUUCAUCUCCAACAAGCUAGCGUCGGACAUUACGCUGACGAUCGGGCAGGCAUUCGAUCUUGCCUACAGGCGCUACGUUAGCGACAGUGGCAAAUCGCUCGAGUCGGUCAAACUGCUGGCCCAGAAGAAGCAGCUGGAACACACGAUCGCCGCCUACCGACAACGGCUGCGCGAUCUGUCCGAGCUGGUCUCGAAAUCGGACCUGGACAAGCUGCUGCUGAAGAUGGGCAUCCGGGAUAUUUGCGAUGUGCCGGCGCUAGAGAAUGGUGUGGAUGGCCAUAAUAACUACACCAGCAAUAAUAACAACAUUAACAGCAAUAACCACAAUGUGAAUGGCACCAAGACGCCAGACUUGGGAAUUGAUGUCUCGUUACCGAACAAUGAUGAUCAGCUGUUGAUCGAAACGUCACCAAAACACUUUGCACCGAUCGUACCUCCGAGAAACGGUAUUCAGAAUCAGAUCAAUAACACGCUGGAAGCGUUCAAGCCAUCGGUCGGCACCAAGCUGGAGGGAUUGCUGCUCAACUCCGACUCGGACAGUGACUUUGAUCCUCGGGCGCCCGACACCGACACCAGCAUCUCUACGGGCGGUGGCAACAAGAUCAGCAACGAUCUGUUCGGUUUCGAGCCGCCGAAGCCAACCAGUGCUACCCUUGGCCAGCAGCUCUUUGGCAGCGUCACCAACAAUGGACACAACAAUGGUUUCACCAACGGUAACGGUGCCGUCACCAAUGGUUUCGGUGCUCCGAACAGCCCUCCUCCAAUGUUGGCUCCUCCACCGGCAAAGUCGGCACCACGGCGAACGGUACCACAGACCAAUGGAACCACCAAUGGUACGAGCGCAUAUCAGGACUUGUUCGGAUCGGCCCCAUUCAAUCCGCAGGGCAAUGAUGACUCCCAGACAGCAGCAUUGGAGGACAGUUCCUCCUUUGCCAACAGCUCGGCCAGCACCCAAUCAGGCUUCGGUCCGUUCUCGCAAGAGGUGAACGUUUUGAGCAAAAAUUCCUACCAUCUCGAUUCGAUCCUUGCCUACGGUGAUGGGUGCAAUGGUGCAAGCGCAUUGCAGGGAAGCACCACCACCACCACCACCAGCAGCACAGGAACUACCGCUGCUAAUUUGGCCUCAAAAUUGAAUCCCUUCGCUGCGGCCAUUCGCAGCAAUCCGCUGGCGGCCGUGCAGCACAAGGCCGCCGCGUACGACGUGUUCAAGAACGCGACGGGCGACAAGGAACGGUUAACCACUAACACCGACGACCAAGAACGGUUUCUUUAGCUCCGACGAUGUGCUGGAUACGUUCGAUCCACUAAAGAAGUAAAGUCCUGCAUACCCUGGCCAGCUGAUCGCUGCGAGUGCUGUACGUUCGUCAAGCAAAGCAGCCCCAAAAUUCGACCGUCUACACGCAAUGCACUGAUCGUCCCGAGCUCUGGGCGGAUCCAAAAAGUGUCCAAUGAGUCGCGUUGCGUGGUUUUUCUUUUUUGUUUAAUUUUUGUUUUGUUGUAAAGCAGAAGCAUGUAACAUUUUGUUUUGCAAACGCGAAGCCAAGCAAAGAGGAAAGUGAAUUGUAAUUUGUUAUAGUAAUUGUACGGUACUCCUUUAAGUAAGGUCAUACACAGAAACACACAUACACAUUAUCUAUUCCUUCUGUACUGUACUGUUUUCUGUUUUUCCGUUGUGAUUGAAGAGAUUCCAUUAACGAUCAUCUCCCAGAACAGAAUCUCCCCCGAAGCGUUAAAAAGUGAUCGUAAAACUGUUAUAUUCCAUUAUCAAACCGUUCUACGCAGUGCAACGAGCGCAUGUUAGCAAUAGGGAAGAGAAGAAAAAAUAACAGAUUUAUCCUACACCUACAAACAGAUAGUUUAAUUUAUAUUUACUUUUAAUCCGUUAAAACCACUAACGCUGCAAACGCUUCAAAUCGCAGCGUCGGCGUGCCGAUCGCUUCCAUUGGAUGUGUGGUAAAAUAAUCCUUAUCGGAACAUUCCAAUCCCUUUGUCCGGUUUUGUUGUUCGCAUUUUGCUUACUGUUUCCUAACUCCCUCUACCUUUCCCGAUUAAACGUGAAUCAAUUGGUGCAUUAGAACAAAUAGUUAUGAUGGUGUAUGAAGCGACGAAUAUGUCGUGAUGGGAGGUUGGUAGCGACGGGUUUUACAGACGUAAAAAUCAUCUUUCUUUUAACUUAAAACGCUUAAAGAACUGUUGACUCCUUAGUGAAUUUGUGUGCGAGAAAGAGACAGAAGGAGAGAGAUUGUUUGGAUAUGUUUUGUUAAAUUUGUUACGUGUGUACCGUUUCUUUUUGCUUUGUUGCAACAUUUGGUUGCUUAAGCACUCGCUUUGUGGAGUAAUUGUUUUGUGAAUUGUGAUCAAUUUAAUGCCAUUUUGUCAUUCACUGUAUUUGGUUGACUGUGUUUCUUUCUCCCUUAACACUCUUUCUCGUUAUUAUUGUAAUAUAUCUUCCUGUUUUUUUUCUUUUUCUUCUUCUAACUCUGUCAAACUCGAAAGCGAAAAAUCCCAUCACGAUCACCAUUACGUACUGUGACAGAAAUAAUACGAACCAUUACACUUAGGCUAUAGAGCGGUAUGCAAUAAUACACGUAGUGCUAGUUUGAUAGGUACGAGGUAUGCAGCGCAGAAACCUUUGCCCGCGAUGUCCAAACUCUAGCGAGUUUCUUUACUCUCCCUCAUUUACUUUACUCGAAUCCCUCUUCUAGCACAGAUCGUUUUCUGGUUAAGCUACUGUGUACACGAACAAAAAGCAUACGAAAGGAAAUCAUUAGGGCCAUUGUUAUCGUAGUUGAGUAAAACAUAUCAAUCUAUACAUAUGGAAUUAUAAAUAUAUACAUAUAAAGUUAUGUUAGCAGUGUAUGUAGUGAAUAAACCAUCAACAGAAACAGA